AUGCCGUUUUGCGUGUACUUCGGUGAAGGGGGCGGAAUGUUGAAGGGCAAUGUGGCGUUGAGUCUUCAUUGCUGCAGCGCAGUGACAGCUCAUGGCGAAGCAUGGACAUGGGGCGAUGGCAAGGGCGGAAAGCUCGGGCACGGGACGGCACAGCACGUCCACUCGCCGCAUCGAGUGGAAAGCCUGGUGGGCCGUGCAGCUGUACGGCAGGUGGCCCUGGGCGAUACCCACACGCUGUUUGUGGACCAGUCCGGGGGGUUGUGGGCCUGUGGCGAGAACAAGGAGGGUCAAUGCGGGCUGGGUACGCCGUUGGAGGUCAUUGCGACCCAGCACCGGCGUGCCUUCUACGACACAUUUCGGGCGUUGAAGGAAACCGUUGCAGCGGAGCCCCGCGCCAGCCGGGAGCAGCGGGCUCGGCAAGCGAUCCACUCACUCAUGAGUGCUCCAGGGAGCGGGUCGCCGGCGCAUACGACACACUCGUCGUACGGCCACGGUAGCGGUGCCGUACACCAGCACCAGUGGGGCCCCGACAGGACAGCGAGCGGCUGGAGGCCGCUAGCGGCGGCGGGCCGCGGCGGCGGCGGCGGAUCCGGCGAUGGCAUUGUCGGAGUGUCCGUGUCUGGCGCCCGUUCCUCUCUGCACUUUGGCGGUCUGGAUUUCGAGGGCGCAUUCGCGGGCAGCGGCAUUCAGCCUGGGCAGCAGGCCACACCGCUGCGGAUAGGCCGGGACCAGCACCCCCUAUGGGCUGCUGCUGCUGCGGCGGCGGCGGCGACGGGGACAACGACUCCAAUGACAAUGGGACACGGAGGAGUCGAUGCCUCCAUGCGAGUUGUGCUGCCCAGCGGGCUGGAAAGGGAGAUCGUCGUGGGGGUGGCUGCUAGCAAGUACUUUUCUGCGGCUCUGACAGAGGCGGGUGAGGUGUGGACAUUUGGUGCCUGUUACAACGGGUCCUUGGGGUCCCAUAGCAGCUGGAGUACCUCGGCGCAGAAGGUAUCCGGUAGUUUGGCGGCCGUGUUGGAGGACAGCGGGGGUGCGAGGCGGGUUGUUUCGGGCGGCAGCUUCUGCGCCGCCCUGACCGCGUCGGGGCGCGUGGUCGUGUGGGGCAAGGUGCCGGGGGGCGAGACAGAGGGAGGGAGCUCCAACAGUGCUGAAGCUGGCAGUAGCAGCACUGUGGAUAGCGGUAGUGGCAGCAGCAGUAGCGGUGGCAGUAGCAGAGGCUGUUCGUUGGGUUUGACCGAGCGCGGCGUCGACAUCGUGCAAGGUGGCCGGGUGGUUGUAGGGGUAAUUCCUGACCUCCCGCCCAUUCUUCAUAUCGCCGCCGGGCUCCAGCAUCUGCUGCUAUCGGACGGUCACCGGGUUUGGAUGGUGGGUCGGACGCUAGACGCCUCCGGCGCCGUCGCGUCGACGGCGUCGUGGCGGCGGCCCAACCUGGUGCUGACGCUGCCCGUCGGGGAUGCUGUACGGCAGCUCGUGGCGGGAAUGCACAGCUCCGCCGUGGUUUCGGAGCUCGGGGAGGUCUGGAUCUGGGGCCGGUUGCUAGAUCGUCACCAUGCGGACAGCAUCGCGAGGCGCCAUCCGAACCUGGCGUACGACAGCAGUGGAGACGGCGGCGUCGCCGGCGGCGAUUGGCCGACGGAGGUGGCGCCGCCGCGGCAUAAAGACGACGUCCUGUGGCACUGGCCUGGCUUUGGCGGGAAGGCGCCGGCAAAACUGGACGGCUUGGGGGGCCCUGUGCGCGCCCUGGCGCUCGGCGGCUGGCACGCCUUGGCGGUGGUGGAGUGA